CACCCUGCAUUAUUCGUACGGGGGCGGGGGGUGUUGUAACCUUCUUCGACGGUGUAUAAGCAAUAAUAAUUCACCGUCAACAACCAAUGACCCAAAUAGCCUCCGGUCCUCACCGAUGGGCGUUGAACCUGCGCGCCUUCCGAUAUUACCCACUUGGUCGUGUUCCUCCUCCACUGACACCACGCAGCAAAGGGAUUCCAGUUCUCAUUGUUACCCACCACCCACAAUCCUCCUCCUCUCGCCUUAAACAGCCCUUUAAACGAAGACACACACACACAAAGAGGAGGGGGGGGGUGCAGCUCCGCGUGACAUAAUUAUUAUUAUUCUUCGCCCCAAGACGACCGCCGGUGAUGUCCUACAACAACCUUCCAAGUUUCGCCACGACCGCUGGGUUCGUGCGCGGCGUCGGACCCCACCACCGGGGUGGUCGCGGCGGCGGCGUCAGCGGCGGCGUCGACGGCGGCGGCGUCAGCGGCGGGCAAUUUACGAGCCGCUCGUUCGCCGGACUCGACAGCAGCCAGCCGCGAAGUGAACGAGGGACGUGGAGCAAGUCGAGCGUGCCCGGCGUUGUCGGCAGGCGAAGCGCCCUCCUCCUGGGCUACCGGGGUGGCAGUGGCGGCGGCGGUGGCUUCGGCUCCGCGUACACGGGCGGCUAUGGAAGGGUCUCGUCGAGCGUGCGCGCGCGCCCUCCCGUCCCCGUCGUCGAGAUCGACCGCUCCGUCCUGCCAAUUCGGGCCCAGGAGAAGGAGGAAAUCAAGAUGCUCAACAAUCGAUUUGCAAACUUCAUUGAUAAGGUGCGCAUCCUUGAACAGCAGAACAAGGUGUUGGAGGCGCAGUGGUAUGUGCUGCAGGAUAAGGGAAAGGUUGACUGCAACCUGGACGAGUUGUUCGAAGUCUACAUCGAGGAACUGAGGAGACAGCUGCAGAAUCUGGGUCAUAAUGGAGCCAGAAUGAACAGUGACCUGCAAAUGAUAAAGCACGCUGGCAAGGACUUCAGCAGCAAAUAUGAAGUGGAAGUUGCUGCUCAUAAGAAAAAGGUCGAAGAGCAUGAACUGGUGAAGAAGGAAGCUGUUGAAGCUAGCUUUGUCAAAAUUGAGCUUGAAGCCAAAUUUCAGGGUCUUAUUGAGGACAUACAUUUUCUGAGGGAAGCAUUCGCACAGGAGCUACGCGAGUUGGAGGCGCAGAUCAAGAACACCAAUGUUCUCGUAGAGAUAGACAACAGGCGGAGCCUGGACAUGGAUGGGAUUAUUUCUGAAGUACGAAAACAGUACGAGUUCAUCAUGUCUCAAAGCCAAGCUGAAGCGGAAGCAAUAUACAAGCAGAAGUUUGACAAACUCCGCUCAGAGAGCGAUCGAAGUGACGAAGAGCUACGCAAAGCCAAGGCCGAAAUCAACGACAUCAAACGUCAGAUCCACCAGAUCAAUUCGGAACUCGACAUCUUGAGCAAGCAGCGAGAGAAACUGGAGGCGGCCAUUUCUGAGCGAGAGGAAGGCGGUGCGAAGAACAUCGGCGAGGCAAAGGCAGCCGUAGCACAGCUGGAGGAGGCCCUGGCAAAAGCCAAGCAUGACAUGGUCAAGCACGUGCGCGACUUCACGGAUUUAAUGAACAUCAAACUGGCCCUGGACACGGAGAUCUUGACCUACCGCAAGCUUCUGGAGGGAGAGGAAGCUAGGCUCAAUAUAUUUGCAUCACGCGGGGGAGGUGGCGUUGCCUCAUCCUCACUGGAGCCCGGCGGGAGUGUGAGAGAAAGGCUAGGUGGGAGCUGUGGGCAACAUAUUGGCGGCAGCCAAGGCAAAGAUUCGAGAAGCAGCAGCAGCAACAACAAUGUGUACGACUCUCCGGACAACAGGGUAUGUGAAGCAAGUCCAAGACUCAACGGAACCCUUGGCAGAAGCGUGACAGUGGCCAGCGAACCACCGGAACACGAGUCCAGAAAAACGGUGGUGAUCAAGACCAUCGAGACCAAGAAUGGCCGAGUGGUCUCCGAAUCAUCCGCAGUGAUUCUAGACUGAAAGUUCUAGCGGCUCUGGGUCGUUUAAAAUCGAUUCUGGCCCCAUAAAUGGCUCACUGCUGAAACGAACACGUUUAUUGGGAUUAUAAAAUAAAGGUAUGCAAGGUCAAUCGUGGUUAGAAGGCAAGGGGGUAGGAGGUUAUAAAGCACCACAAUCGUCUCACAAUCUUGCAAUGCAGGCAAGGGACCACAAUAUAGUUUCGAGACUUGCCUUUUACGGGGUAUUUUCUUAACAAAUGACCAUAUAUAGUAGCUCCGUAGAUCUGCACAGAGACGCUCCGUAUACGGCAGGAUACUAUUGGUGGGUAUAAUGUUUGCCCUGCGACUCUCAAUUGGUAGUCUGAUCUGAAAUGGGGGGGGGGCAAAGACGAGAGUUUGGCACAGGUGUUGCUCAAUAUUAUUUAUUAAACUGCUCAUCCCAUGAUUUUCGAUCCAUGCCACCACUUCAACUGCUGCCGUUUUUGGUUUAUGUUCCCCAAUUUUCCAUGGAUCAGCUCAUUGUAAUAAACGUGUAAGCCAAGUGAAGUUAUUGUCGAAGGGUUGUUCAAAAAUGGUGUACCCUCUUUGGUCACAGACAUCUUUUAGUGGCCAGAUGGACAUUGUUGCCAAAUCAGGAAGCUUUAUUUUUUCACUCUUUAGGGGGUGGUAUCUGUCUUGUAUAAAAAGGCGAUAUAGCAUUCAUAUAAAAGCAUACGGGGUAUUUUUUUUUAUUAGAGGCAAAGUGUGAGAGAUUUGGCAUUUAAGCGGUUUGAUGGAUGUAGCCUGUCCAACAACCGCCCCAAUGUUACUGCAGACGUUUGUGGUUGUGGUGCCGUUUUUCAAGUUGUACUGCUGCUCUUGUCCUUUUGGCUUUUGUGUUGCAUUGCUUUCGCGCCGCAUUCUGGGAGUUUCUUCACGAAACGGGUUUGCAAUUCCCGAAAGCUCCCAGCAAACACCUCGGUAAACGAUACCGCCCUGGUUGUGUUUCCCAAAAUGGCCAAGCACCUUGAGAUCAUUUUCCGCGAUUAAAAACGUGCAGAGCAAGUGA